UCACUCGUAUCAGCUGAAAAAAAUCCAACGUCACAAGUCAUCGGCACAGAUCUGAGCAAAACCCAACCAUUAAACGUACCGCCUAAUUGUCAAUUCGAGAAGGAGGAUUCAGAGGCGGACUGGGUCUUCCCUUACAAGUUCGAUUACGUCCACUUGCGGUUCGUCUGCUUUUGUUUAAAGAAC